GAAACACAAGUCAUGUGAUCAGUUGCUGUCAAAUGCAGUCAACAAUCCCUGCCUGAUUCAGACAAACACGUUUGGAUCUUAAACACCGCUCGGCGUAUCGUUGUCAGGAGAGGUCUCUGAUAAAACAUGCAGAACGUCAUAAAUUCUGUGAAAGGCACGGCCCUUGGUGUGGCCGAGUUUCUAACUCCAGUUCUGAAGGAAUCCAAAUUUAAAGAGACUGGAGUCAUCACACCAGAAGAGUUUGUAGCUGCAGGCGAUCACCUUGUUCACCACUGUCCUACAUGGAAAUGGGCAUCAGGAGAAGAGACCAAGGUGAAACCAUACCUGCCCCCGGACAAGCAAUUCCUGUUAACUCGCAAUGUUCCCUGCUACAAGCGUUGUAAACAGAUGGAAUAUUCCGAUGAGCUCGAGGCCAUCAUAGAGGAGGACGAUGGAGAUGGAGGCUGGGUGGACACCUACCAUAACUCAGGGGUAACAGGAGUAGUGGAAGCUGUGCGAGAGAUAACAUUGGAUAACAAGGACAACAUGAACAUGAAUGUGAAAUCUGGUGCUUGCGGGAAUGGAGGUGAUGAUGAGGAUGAUGAAGAAGAUGGUGAAACAGCAGAUAUGGAAGAGUAUGAAGAAAGUGGUCUUUUGGAAGAUGAGGCAACCCUGGACACAAGUAAAAUUGUGGAGACAAAAUCAAAAACUGACACUGGAAAUGAAGACAUUCUCCAGACUCGAACCUAUGAUCUCUACAUCACAUACGACAAAUAUUACCAGACCCCUAGACUGUGGCUCUUUGGAUAUGACGAGGACAGACAACCCUUGACCGUAGAUCAAAUGUAUGAAGACAUUAGCCAGGACCAUGUGAAGAAGACUGUCACCAUAGAGAACCACCCCAACCUGCCUCCUCCAGCCAUGUGCUCUGUCCACCCCUGCAGACAUGCUGAAGUGAUGAAAAAAAUCAUAGAGACGGUGGCAGAAGGAGGCGGUGAACUGGGAGUGCAUAUGUAUCUUUUGAUUUUUUUGAAAUUUGUCCAAGCGGUCAUUCCCACAAUAGAAUACGACUACACAAGGCACUUCACCAUGUAGCCUGGUCCAGAGAGAUGUACUCCAGCAAUUAUCAAAGAAUAUUGAGAAUGGUAUUAAGAAUGAAACAAGAUGAAAUUCUAUUAUGGUCAAGCAACACUUGAGGUGUAUGCAGACUGUCUUUUGAAAUGACUUAUUAGAAUGUUGUGGGUUCUGUGAGACAAUUGCAUGGGGAUAGGAUCAACGGUUGGCUGGUGGAUAGUUGUGUACACUUGUUUGUCAAUGUAGUCCCGAUGAUAAUAGCUUUUGUGGUGAUCAAUCUUGCAGUGUUUUCGUCUGGAAGAUGAUCACGUUAACCGUAUUCAAAGGUUGUCCACUCCUACCCCCCUAAUCGGUGCAUAUGUCUACACGUAGGCCGUGUCUGAACAUGUAAUGCCACCCAUGUUUAAUUGGCUACGUGUAUCUGAGGAAAAAUAUUAUAUGCACAUCUUCUCGUCAAUAGCCUUUGAAAUGCUUACCAAAAACCAUCAUCCCAAAUUGAUACAUCUUAUUUCCCCUGCCCUUUCCACAGCAUAGCUUUUAACAGUGUGAUGUACAGUACUGCUGGAGUCACGUUUGGACCAUAAAUUGAUUCAGACCUAUGCCAGUUUGUCUUAAGGCUUUGUUCUUGAAUGUAUACAUGGUCUAUUGGGCCAAAGACCGUGGUUGUUUUCUGUCGUUGGGGUGGGUGUCGUUUCUGUGUUUUUCUUGAUUUUGCAAGGUUUUUUCCACCCUACUUUGGGUUCCUCAUUUUCAUCUGUUGUGAUAUAGAGGAACUUUUUUCACCCUCUAUUCUACAGUUUUGUUCUCAAGAGAUGGUUUCCAAUGAUUGUAUCAUCCUGUCUGUGAGCAUUUAUUUAGUAUCCUCUACCUGAAUGUUCAGUGUGUAGAGUUUUACAAGGAGUUGAACUCAGAAAGGAAGAUUUUUCAGACAAGACUGUUCUCUUAACAUGUAAUUUUCUUUCAUUUUUUAGACUGUGCACAGUAAAUGGUAACUACACUCAUCUCAGUAACAGCAUGGUGUUGACUCACUCAUUGAUGCUGACUUGCAUAACUGUACUAACUGCUUUCUUUUUCAGCUGGACAGGUGACCCUCUGUUUUCAUCUAUUGAUCAUAUGUCUCCUUAUGCAACUGCUCAGUGUUAAAACACUCAGAAUAUUCAACAUUUUAAAGUAAUGUACAUUUAUCAAUAAAGUUUUCUCCCAUCACUGGA